UUUUUACAUUUGUCUCUGCCGUUCGGAGUGGUCAAGCCAGCCAGCCCCUAAAGUCUUCCUUCAUCUAAGAAAAUAUAUAAAACAAAAUCUAUAAAAAAGUAAAGUACACAGAUAAUUUUUUGUAAAAAAAAAUCGAAAAGAAGAAAGUCCUUCUCAAUGAUUCCUCCAACUCUGAUGGCUUGUGAGCCACAGCCCUCCCACCUAGAAAAUAACAAGAGAUAAGAGACAUUAAUCAGAAGCCAUGGAGGUGGAAUCACAGCAGCAGCAGCCACCAGCCACCAAGAACCAAAUAAGCAAACACUUGAGAUGGUUCCUCAUGGCUCUGAACUUCGCCAUCAUGGUCAUCGGCACCACCGGCGGCCCGCUCCUCCUCCGCCUCUACUUUCUCAAGGGCGGCAGCCGGAAAUGGCUCUCGAGCUGGCUCGAGACCGGGGGGUGGCCUCUUCUCUUCAUCCCCCUUGCCAUCUCCUAUGCCCACCGCCGCGGCGGCGGCGGACCAACCAAGCUCUACCUCAUGACGCCACCCCUCUUCCUCGCUUGCACCGUACUCGGCCUCCUCGUCGGCCUCGACGAUUUCCUCUAUGCCUACGGCAUGUCGUGCCUCCCGGUAUCGACAGCAUCGAUCCUUGUAUCGACUCACCUCGGUUUCACAGCUUUGUUCGCUUUUUUAAUAGUGAAGCAGAAGUUUACGUCCUUCUCCACGAACGCUGUGGUUCUGCUGAGCAUCGGGGCGGUGAUAUUGGGCUUGCAUGCAAGCGGGGAUCGGCCCAAGGGCGAGUCGAAUACGCUGUAUUAUUUGGGCUUCGCCAUGACGCUGGCUGCGGCGAUGCUGUAUGGGGUUGUUCUGCCGCUGGUGGAGCUGACCUACGCCAAGGCAAAGCAGGUUGUUAGCUAUACGUUGGUCAUGGAGAUGCAGCUGGUGAUGGGAUUCUUUGCCACGGUUUUUUGCACUGUGGGGAUGCUGGUGAACAAGGAUUUUCAAGCCAUUCCGAAAGAAGCCCGGGAUUUUGGGCUGGGCGAGGUGAGAUACUACGUGCUACUAGUCUGGUCCGCCCUCAUGUGGCAGUUCUUCUAUUUGGGGACGGUGGGUGCCAUCUUCUACGGCUCAGCCCUGCUCGCCGGCAUCAUCAUUGCCGCCAUGAUCCCCGUGACGGAGGUCCUCGCCGUCAUCUUGUUCCAUGAGCCCUUCAGUGGAGGGAAGGGAGUCGCGCUCGCGCUGGCGCUCUGGGGCUUCGCCUCCUACUUUUAUGGCGAGUUACAGGAGAGCAAAAAGAAAAAGCCAGCGGUGGAACCCGGAUUUUUGGAUUCUGUGGAUGAUUAGGACUUGCUUUGUCUUUUCCUUUGUUGAAUUCCAUGCUUAGCCGGAUACAGAUGUCAAGUUGUGAGGCGCGUGGGAAAGAGAAAGACAGUGGUAUAAAAUAUUUGAAUUAAUGUCGAGUGAUAUCCCAAUCAAAAUUUGAUUAGAUAUGUGAUGGCUUCUUUGGUUGAUGAUUAAUUUGGAAGUAUGUGAAAGCUGCUAAUAUACUUCUCUCU